AUGGACAGUUAUGACCAUGCCACGGUGACCCCAAAGGAGGCAUUCACUUUCCAGGAUGUGGCUGUGGACUUCACGGAGGAGGAGUGGGCCAUGCUGGAUGCAUCCCAGAGAAAGCUGCACCGAGAUGUGAUGUGGGAGAGCAUCAGCCACCUGUUGGCUGUGGGUGUUGAUCUCUGUGAAUCAGAUGUGCUUUCCCAGUUAGAACUUCGAGAGAUGUGGAGAGAAAGAAGAGAAUUUCUCAGAGCCCUGAAGCCAGAAAGUGAACUUCAAAAGCAUGUAAUACCACCUACUCAGGCCAUCCUCAAGAAGGUACAACCUGAUUUCCAAUCAAUGUCACAGAACUUCAACCUUGACAGGGAGCCCUUCAUAUGUAAUGACUCCAUGGUAGAUUCUGCAUGCAAGUCAACUUUCCAGGUAUUCACUGAGCCAAGGAAGAAACCUUAUCUUUGCAAUCACUGUGGACAAGGCUUCAGGUAUUACUCAUCAGUUAAUCGCCAUAAGCAGAUUCAUACUGGGGAGAAACCCUACACAUGUCAGUGGUGUGGGGCUGCCUUUAGACAGAGUAGCAAUCUUAGACGUCAUGAGAGAACUCACACAGGAGAGAAGCCCUACAAGUGUGGAGAUUGUGGAAAAGCCUUCAGCCGGAGCACUCUCCUAUAUAGCCACAGAAAGACCCAUGUUGAGAAGAAGCCUUGCCAGAGUAGUGAAUGCGGCCAAACCACUGUUCGGAGAACUAACCUUGGCUCCAAUCCAACCUCUCGCCCAAGGAACAAACCCUAUGUCUGCAGGCUCUGUGGCCAGACUUUCAGCCAGCAAUCAUCUCUUUACCGGCAUGGACGUGUGCACACUGCUGGGAAACAGCACGUAUGUCAGCAAUGCAAUAAAGCAUUUGCUCAAAGCUAUGACCUCAGACAACACGAGAGAAUUCACACAGGAGAGAAACCCUACAAAUGCAAUGUGUGUGGUCGAGCCUUCCGGCGCAGUGCUCAUGUCUAUGUCCAUCAGAGAACUCACACAGGGGAGAAGCCCUACCGCUGUAAUCAGUGUGGGGCAGCCUUCAGUCAGAAUUGUCACUUACACAAACAUCAGAGAACUCACACAGUACAAUCUUCACAUCCCUAA